AUGUGUCUCCCGCUCCUUUUCUUUGCAUCUCCUUCCCUAUGCUCUCCUUUCCUUACCUCCCUCUUCUUUCCUGCCCUUCCUUUCCCUCUCCUGCUCUUCCCUCUACUCCUGCUCUUCCCACUCCUCUCCUUCCUUUCUGUUCUGCUCUGUUCCUUCCUCUUCACCCCCCUUCGGUUGUGUUCUCUCCUGUUGCUCGCUUUCCUCUUCUUUCCUCCUUCUUUUAUUCCCUCUCCUGUUCUCUCCGUGCCUCACUACCACUCACAUGCAGCACGGCACUGCACCUCGCAAGGUGCUGCUGGUGCAUGCCUCCAAUCCCAGGCAGCGAAGCAGGCCCCUCUCGUGGGCGGAAAUGUGGAUGCCGCGAAAGAAGCCCCUCCCAGGGGCGGAAAAACAGCAGAAGCAGCGAAGCAGGCCCCUCUCGUGGGCGGAAAAGUGGAUGCCACGAAGCAGUGGGCGGAAGAGCUCGGCUCCAGGGGAUGCCAAAACAAGCACGGAGGGGCAAAGGGGCUCGUCCAGAACCUCUACUGGAAGCGCCCUGCCAAACUGAACAGUGCAAUGGACCGGGCAGCUGUGCGGUCGUGGGUGGCGGAGUAG